AUGUUUAAUUAUUCUUCUUUUUUGUUAGUGCUUUUUCUAUGUGCUACAUCCUCGUAUGCAGCUAAAGUUGUUCCAGUAAAUGUCAUUUGCCAGAAAGCAAAAAAUCCUUCAUUUUGUUCAAAUCUUCUUAAUUCAAAAUCUGGUGCAGACCUAAUUACUCUUGCACAAUACACGAUUGACGUGGUUCGUACUGAUAUGAGCAACACAGUGAAGCUUAUCAAUACCCUGAUUGCAAAUCCUGGUAGUGUCAAAGCAUUAAACCAUUACAAAUUUUGUUUGAAAGAAUUUGUUAAUGAUGGAGGUGCCCUUUUUGUUCUUGAAAAUGUUCAAAGAGUUUUGAAGGAGGGAAAUUAUCAGCUCAUGAAUGUUGGUGCAAAUGAUAUCAUGACUGAUAUUAAUAAUUGUAUUAAUGAUCCUGGUUUUCAAGAUACGUCUUCUCUUCCAAAAUCUGCUGGAGAUGCAUUGCAAGCUGAUCAAAUUAUUCAAACUCUAUCAAGCUUUUUAUUGUCUAAUUAA